AUAUACUAGCCCUGAGUAUUGUAGCCAAAGAAAGCUUGAGGAAGAAGAGUUUCAAACAUAAUGGAAGGAGAGAUAGAAAGGGAAUCACUCAUAACUGAGGCUUACAAUGCACCCGUUACUGCACAGAGAAGGGUCAGAGAUGACUUGGAACCUUUUCUCCCCAAGCCAUACAUGCCCAGAGCAUUGACAGCUCCCGACACAAGACACCCACAUGGUACUCCACAACAUAGGCACCACAACUUGACUGUUCUUCAGCAGCACUGUGCCUUUUUUGAUCGAGAUGACAAUGGAAUUGUUUACCCUUGGGAAACUUACAUGGGGCUGCGAGCAGUUGGAUUUAACAUCUUUGCCUCUUUCCUUAUGGCAGUUUGCGUCAAUUUGUCUAUGAGCUAUCCUACUCAGCCUAGUUGGAUACCUUCUCUUUUGUUUCCGAUAUAUAUACACAACAUUCACAGAAUAAAGCAUGGGAGUGACGCAGGAGUUUAUGAUACGGAAGGACGCUACGUACCAGCAAAUCUAGAGCACAUGUUUAGUAAGUAUGCUCGCACAGUGCCUGACAAGCUCACACUUGGAGAGCUCUGGGAAAUGACCGAGGGAAAUCGAAAUGCAUUUGAUCCCUUUGGCUGGGUUGUAUCUAAAAUGGAAUGGGGGUAUCUGUACCUUCUUGCUAGAGACAGUGAAGGUUUACUUUCUAAAGAAGCAGUAAGGCGCUGCUAUGAUGGGAGUUUAUUUCAAUAUUGUGCCAAAAUGCGGGCAGUGAAAUGCCACUACAAUGUUAAACUUACCUACUUUAUUCAGUUUCUGCAAUUUGAGACAACAAAUUCUACAAUGAAGAGGCAUAAAGAAAACCCAGCUGGCUGGCUUCUGUUUCCUUUAAAUGGGAGCUUAUUUCUCACAUCAGAUGCUGCUUUUAUGAGACUCAGAAAAGGGUAG